GAGAGGUCCUGGUGGAGGCUCUCCUCGGAGGCCUUGUGAGGCUAUAUUUGGAGAAGAGCCAAGUCGACCAACAUGGCGAAGGGGAGAGGGAAGCAGAGAGGCAGAGGGAAAAAAGGCAAAGAAAAGAAAGAGAAGAAGCCGGCAAAAAGGGAUGAAAUAGAAUUAGAGAGAGCCAGGGCUAAUGCUGCCCUUUGGGAGGCCAGACUGGAAGUCUCCGAAAUAUCCCGGGAUGGAUAUCGUGAGGCUGUUCGGAGAUUGGCACAAUGUAAUGAGGACUUGAAGAGGCAGCAGUACAAAAUGGAGAAAGAUACAAUGGCUGUAUUAAGCUACAUAAAGAGGCAAGAUUUAGACAAAGACCUUAUGAUUGAAAAACUGAAACAACAGUUAUUAGAUGCAAAGGACAAAUCUGAGAUUGAUAAGGAAAUUCUGCAAGAACGCUACUCUGUGAAAAUUAAUGAGUUGGAGGGGCAAUACAAUCAAAAAAACAAAGAAAUUGGCUUAAUUCAGAUAGAACUGAAAACAAUAAAGCAGUUCCAAAGGAGGAAAACUCAAAUAGAGAGAGAAUUAGAAGAGCUAAAGGACACUUUAAGAAAUUCAGAGAAGAAACAUCAAGAGGCUCUUCGAAGGUUAGAAGGCAGAUUUUUUGAAGAAAAGUAUGUAACCAACUCUUUCUUUCUGUUAGUGCGAUUAGAAAAAGAGGCUGAGAAGAAGGUAGUCAUGCUGGCAGAGAGAGCCCACCAGGAAGCCAUUGUUCAGUUGAACAAUGCUGGGAGAGCUGUAUUUAAAGAGAAUGUUCGUCUUCAGAAGGCUCUUGCUUUCCAUGUGAAGGAAGCCAACGAACUACAGAUGAACGCAAAAAAGUUGCAAGAGAAUCAAACUUUGCUCCUACAACAGAAGGAAACCAACGAACUGUUGGUUAGGGAAAAGAUUAUGCAAAUUACUGAGCACAGAGACCAGAUUCAGUGUCUUCAGAAGAAAGUGGAAAAACUGGAGACAACCCUGGGUUACAUGACUGCUGAAUUUGAGACUGAAAUUAAAAAAAUUCAGGAGCAAGCAUUUAUAGAGAACCAGGCAGGCCGGGUGGAAAUCGACAAACUGGAACAGGUUCUUCAGAUGAAGGACAGAGAGAUGAAUCGAGUGAAGAAGUUGGCCAAGAACAUCCUGGAUGAGCGAACCGAAGUGGAGAGGUUCUUCCUUGAUGCUUUGUACCAAGUGAAGCAACAAAUCAGUCUUAGCAGGAAGGAUUACAAGCAGAUGGCACAAGCAGCUUUUAAUCUGAAAAUGAGAGAGGCUUAUGCAGGAAGAACGGAGUAUCCCAGAAUCCGGACAUUUGAUGGCAGAGUCCACAGCACCAAUAGUGUAAACCAAGAUCUUAGGGAGGCAGAGAAAUGGACAAACAUUAAAAAAGGAAUGGAUGUGGAUAUUGGAGACUUGACGUGGGAACAGAAGGAAAAAGUGUUGAGGUUACUCUUUGCAAAAAUGAAUGGUUUUUCUGCAAGGAAACACACAAAAUCAUCAGUCCCUCCAGUUCCAGACUAUGUUACUCUCACCACUGAAAACAAAGACACUUUGGGGGAUGACUGCAAUGUCCAGGAUCAGACCUUCAUCACCCAGCAAGUUCCGCUCACAAAAUCUAGUGGCCUUGUCCUUCCUGAUAUUCAAAAAGGACCAGAUCAUAGUGUAUCAUAAUAAGGUGUCUGUAAUCUGAUCAAUUUCAUAUCCUUUUAACCUUUCCUGGUGGAGGCACUCACAUACAUUUCUUCUUUUUCUGGACAGGGAGCUCUUAUGAACCUAUGCUGAGAAAUAAUAGCUCAUUUAUGGGAGCAGGGAAAUUUUUUUAAGGUAUGGCCACACUAAAAAAGGAACACUGUUUACAUAAGAUAAAUUAUACCUCCCUUGGUGUGACAUGUAGUUUUGGCUUGGCUGUUUAUUUUAAAAGACACAAAUGCACACAUCCUUAUGUGGUAGUAAAUAUAAACUACAAUUGGUUGAGUUAGUGCAAUCUCAAGAGUCCCUGUGACUUUUUAUUUAAUUUCACAUGAAAUUUAUACAGUAUAACCUUCUAUUAUUACCCGGCCUAUGAGCUGUUGGAAUGAAACAUAUACACACCUAGAUUUAUGCACAUUGCCAAUCAAACCACACAAUUUUAUAAGAGGAUAAAACAAGUGGCAGUCCACCUUUCCAAAUAUAGA